AUGGAUCCUGUAAACUGGGUUUGGAAAGCUGAGGACAGUCACUUAGUGCCUAUAUUAUCGACACAGAAUGCUGCUCCUGACAAUCUCCUGAAGCCAAGACCACCAGAGACAGGCGCGCUUCGCAUGAUUGACAUGAUUGACAAUACAUUCGGAAACGACAGUUUGAUCAAUCCACAUGCAUCAAGUUUUAGAGAUGCAUACUCUAUUAAAUCUUUAUGGCAGGACCAAAGAAUUAGGUCGAGAGAUCGAAGUUAUCGAGAGACUGAAGGUGGAGUUAUCGAAAUAGUCGACUCGCAGAACAUAAACGAUCUCAUCUUAAAAUGGCUUCGCUCCCAGAUGGCGAUUGUGUCCCAGGAGCCGAUCCUAAUGGACACUAGUAUAGCAGAAAACAUCGCCUAUGGAGACAACUCACGGGUUAUCGAUAUGGACGAGAUCAUUGCAGCCGCCAGGAAGGCCAAUAUUCACAACUUUGUGCAAAGCUUACUCGAGGGUUAUGAUACAAAUGUAGGCAGAAAGGGGACACAACUGAGUGGAGGUCAGAAGCAGAGAAUUGCUAUUGCUAGAGCUAUUGUCAGAAAUCCGAAAAUACUUAUUCUGGAUGAGGCCACCUCUGCCCUGGACAGCCAAAGUGAAAGUGUUGUCCAGAAGGCCCUAGACGAGGCGCGAGCUGGUCGUACAUGCAUUGUAAUCGCACACCGACUGUCCACCAUACAGAACGCUGACGUCAUUGGGGUGCUCCAACAAGGGCAUAUGGUGGAGUUUGGAUCAUAUUCAGAACUCAUAGAAAGGAAGACAGUCUACUACAGAAUGCACAGUGCUCAAAAGAGAAAGAAAUCGUCGUCAUCUGAUGAUGAUGAAAACGUUUAG